UGCUGGACAAGGCGAUGCACGGCGUACUCAUCCGACCCACAGAACUGGACAAGUUGCCGAGCCCGGGGACGGUUGAACACAUCCACCGCACCGAGCCCUAAUUAUUCGACACGCGCUCUUUGGGGUUUUUGAGCCGUUCCUGCUCCUCAGACUACCUGUCAAAACGACAAAGUGACAGAUUCACGGCGUUUUCGCCGCAGAUUGCUGGACGCGACAAUGACUCUGGAGGAUGAUCUGACAACAGCCGCGGCGAGGGGAAACACGGCAGAUGUGGAGUAUCUCCUGCGGGCCGGAGCUGAAGUUAACGGCGAGAACUGUUUCGGUCGAACCGCUCUACAGGUGAUGAUGAUGGGGAGCACGCCCGUGGCUCAGCUGUUACUGAAGCACGGAGCGGAUCCCAACGUGGGGGACACAAGCACCGGGGCCACCCCGCUGCACGACGCGGCCAGGGCGGGCUUUCUGGACACUGUGCGGUUGUUGGUGCAAUUCCUGGCUGACCCGCAGACCAAAGACAAUACAAACAAUCGGGCUAUCGAUUUGGCUCGAGAGAACGGCCAUGAAGAUGUGGUCGAUUUUCUGCAGUCUCUGGAAAAAUAAUCAGUGAUAGCCCUUGUUGUAAAUGGGGGCUCCGGCAAACCGGGCCCGGAGAGGCCUGCAACCAAAAUUGUGCGUUAGAAUGUUUUGCUGAAAAACGUUGUGUUUUUUUGUAUUUAUUUGUCAAUUUUUUGGCUGAAAAGCAUUUCUUUUUUGUUGUUUGAACGAAAUGGGGGUUAGGCUCAGGGUCGUUGUUAUAAUAAAACAAUAGAUCUAAAGCCAGGCUAUUUGGGGAUAUUAUAAAGCGACAUUAACACGAUUUGUGUUACAAUUGAAAUAUAGGCUAUUGAUUGGCUUACAAGGAACCCCACUUUAAAUAGUGUACAGUUUUAAAAUAAUGUUUGUUAAUAGCCUAAAUUGUAUUUUUUUAAAAUAUUAUUGUUGGUUACAAGCCAUAGUGAAUAUCUUUCCAUGUCAAAUAUUUAACCAAAGCCAUUUAAAAUGUUUUGCACUUAACAUGAGUGUCUAAUGUAUUCUGUGAGCAUUAUCUUUAUUCUGCAGAGACUUCGAGUCCCACUUGCUUUUUGUACAAACGCUAUUCCAGAACUCGCAUAUUAUGCACUUUAAUAAAAUCUGGAUUUAGGCUAGGCCUAUUUGAAGUGUUUUAAGAUUAACAGAUUAGAACCAGUAAUAAUAUGGUUAUGCUUUACAUUUUGUCUAAAUGAUGGAUUAAGCUGCGGUACCAGAGAAUAAAAGAACAAUUAAAAAUCAA